CGUCAGGCGGCCGCCUUACAGAUGUGUCACAAGUUUCAUAUGUGAAGAAGCUACGAGAUUCGCAGGUUAAGGAAGCAACUACUUGUAGGACCACAAUCAACUUAGACGUUCGAGAUGGCAGCGACAGGGGCUAGCGCAGGACCGAGCGGGCGAAGGGCAGAAGAUAGAUCUCCGCGAACGGGGUCAGAAGUGCCAGAGUCAGAAGACCAGCGAAUGAAGAAUCUCAUAGCUAAGUGCUAUGAGGAAGGCAUAUUUACGACGGAGCUGAGACAGGGCAAAUUUAUCACCGAAAAUGGAGAACGUGUUUUCGUGGUGGAUGGAAGAAUAGGGGAGUUGACUACGAACUGGCUUAAAGAACGGACAAUUACAGUAAUCUUCCAGGGGGAGGCGAGUUCACUUCCAGCCAAGAUAAGAGAGGACCUGAUCCGCGCUUACGAGAAUGGUUGGACGAGAUCAAGAACCUUCUCAAGACAAGUUAAGCGAGGGAGAGUCCACUCGGAAGGCCCUAAUGUUAUGUCGUAUGUCGCUAUGCAGCGAGAACUGGCAGAGUGGAUGAUUCGUAAGGCGGAAGAUAAAGUGGUGAUCAGGGGUGUCGAGUAUAAGAUGGUCUUCAAAGCCUGGAUGACGAGACAAGAAUUAGAGGAUAGGAGAAGAGUGGAAGAAUCCUCUAAAUUUUGGGUGAUGGCUCUGCGUGUCCCUCUACGCACAAUGCUACCAGUAGCAGAUAUGGUGCAACAGGCUAUGGGGAGAAUGACAAACGUGAUCCCUCCCCAACCAGAUGCGACCAGACCGAAGUUGAUGAACCGRAAAUUUGAAUUGGUUCCGGAAGCAAAAAGGGACUUUGUUCCCCUCCUACCUCUGCGUUUGGAGGAUGGAGAGACGAUUAAUAUCGACUUCGUCUGUAAGCACACAACAUGGUGCGAUCGCUGUCGCUGGUGGUUUCACACAGCAACGGAUGGCUGUCCAAAGCUUAUGCAGCAAGAGGAUGACCUGGGAGGGAGAGGAGACUCGUCAGGUAACAAUUUUGCAAGACAGAGACAAGAGUUAAGUGAGGCAGUACAAGGAAGUAUCCGGAAUGCGGCACRUGACCUGCCAUUGGUAAUACCGGUGGAGACGGUGGCGGAAUCAUCGUUAAGGGGAGGCAGAAGAAUGGGAGCUCGAGGUAACUCGUCGGCCACUUCAGCGGCAGCAGCGGCAACACAGCCAAUGUUCAGGAAUCAUUCGUCAUCUGCGGUCCCUUCUCAAGGGUUGCUCGUCCCAGGAGCUGCCAAUCCGCCGUUUCAUCAAACACCCGCCCYGAACUGGGGAGCGCUGGGCACCGUGCAAUUAGGACCCCCACUUCAGCCUUGGACUCACAUGGGUCCCUAUUCGGGUGGAGAUUUAGAAGGGGCACAUACCCCUGGAGGGCAUUGCCCCAUACCUGGUUAUGGGAAUUACCCGUGGCACCCGUCUGUGCUCGAAGCAGCAAGUAUUUUAGCCCGAACGAUGGGGCACCAUCAGAUGGGAGGGAACGAGCUGUCUACAGGCUUGUUAUCCGGAGUACCGGCAGYMGAAGAUUGGACUGCACUUCCAGGAGGCGGGCAGACAAUGGUACCGAGUGGAGGUACUGGUAACAGCGAGCAACAACCUCGAGAGCGGAGAGGGGACGAAAACAGGCAAAUCGACAAAUCAGUCCUUCGGCGACAAGAGAACGUGGAAUCAAGCGAGUCGGAGGAAGAGUCAGACGCAGAGAAUAGAGACGGAACUGAAGACGAAGGCAACUCGCCGAGGGACAUCCAUUUGGGUGCCAUAACCAGGGUGAGAGAAGAUGUUGAUAUGGAGACGAACUAUCUCCUUCCGCUGGUAUGUAUUCUGCAGGGGGGUGAAAUCUUCGUGAUUGGCUUUAGAUCCGCAGAUAACAGAUUGAGUCUCCCCGUUAGUAGUAUUUCUGAGCUUCCCUCCUGCUCCUUAAUAGUGGAUAGGGUUUCAUGCCUAUUUGCUCAACGUUUCAUGUUCCGGAUUUYCCCGGAGGAUUCCCUUACGAGGAUCAAGGUUGAACUCCCCCAAGGAGGGAGCGUCAGAUACUCGAUUGCUUUGAUUGACGUUCGUCUCGAACCAGAACAAUGGCWGGGGUUGGGCAACGUGGGAUUAUUUGCAAUCCCACUACGUAUUCUUCUGGCGGAUCCGRUGAGGGAGUUGGAGCAAGUGGGUGUAGAUCCUAAUCAGUCGGCCUCCUUUCUGCUCAGAUUGAAUGAUGCUUUACAGCGUAGAAGGAAUUUGACCUCAACCUAUUUCGCAGAGGUUUUGAGUAGUAGAUGGCUUGAUGCGCAAUUUAUCCAAGGACAGAUCCAAUCAUUCGGUGUCCACCUGCAAGUCUCAAAUGGGUAAUGUCCAGGGGCUAGGGGAUACAGGAGGCAAGCACAAGGGUAGGAGGCUAAAAACCUGGAUGCAUGAGAAAAG